GCAUUCCGGCCGCUCAACCCAAUCUCGCUCCGCACGUUGGCAACUCAAUGAGCAGAACACCAGCCAAGAGUGUUUCAUUGCGACCCGCGAGAGCCCCUCCGCCCUGCCAGCCAAGAUGCAAAGGUCACCCUUGCGGGUCAAGCCUGACUGAGAAGUAACGUCGGUCAACCAAGAUACAGAUGCAGGCGUUCUCAAGAGGAAGUAUGGAUGUGGCUGAGCGGUCGGAAAUUCCAUGUAGAGACGGUGUCAGGUGCCCCUCAACGACCCCUCACUGCCCCUCACUGCCUGUUUUUGCUCCCGAGACAGCCAGUCGCAGCAAAUUGGGGACGAUUGGAACCUCAUCGUUGGCGCUGAUGACGCCCAAAGGAGAUCUUUGCUUGGGUGAAUGGGAGGCCGCCAACCCUGCCGUGGUUGCAGCCUGGCCGAGGUCUACGUGCCAUCAUGAUCCGCUGUCCCUUCUCCUGUUCUCCUGCGGCAUCUCCACAGCAAGUGGUACAGAUCGAGGAUUGCGCUUCUCAUCAUGUCGUCGCUGAGAAACCGACACGCGGUCAUGACCUCAGUUCUCGAGCCAGUUGUUCGAAAUUUGCGAGCAGCAGUCGUCUAAGGUACGCUUCCCAUGGCCCGCCCACUUCGCGUCCGGCGAACCAAACCUGUCAGCAGACC